AUGCUAACAAUCUUAAUUCUCUGUUAUGUUGUUAAGGAAGUUACAGCAAUGACGAGGGUAGCCCGUGGCUUUAGCUACUCGUUGCAGAAGGAUGCUGUCUCGCCUGUGUCGGCUGACGUGAUUUUCGCCUCCACCCGUUUUCCCAAGUAUAAAAUCGGGGCGAACAAUCAGAUUGUGGAGAUCAAAGAGGAUCCGAACAUGUUGAGCAUGAAGGAAAUUGUUGCCCGAGAGACCACAUUGCUGCUCGAGCAACAGCAGCGCCUCUCGGUACGAGAUCUGACAAACAAGUUUGAGAAGGGUCUGGCUGCAGCAGCAAAGUUAUCUGACGAGGCAAGACUUAAAGAGGCAGCUUCAUUAGAGAAACACGUGCUUCUGAAGAAACUUCGAGAUGCACUUGAAGCCCUGAAAGGGAGAGUAGGUGGAAAGAACAAGGACGACGUGAAGGAUGCUAUUUCUAUUGUUGAAGCUUUAGCGGUUCAGUUAACUCAGAGAGAAGGAGAGCUAAUCCAAGAGAAAGCUGAAGUGAAAAAGUUGGCAACUUUUCUAAAGCAGGCUUCGGAAGAUGCUAAAAAGCUUGUUGAUGAGGAAAGAGCUUUUGCACGUUCGGAGAUUGAGAAUGCGAGAGCAGCAGUGCAGAGAGUUGAGGAGGCUCUUCAGGAGCAUGAAAGAAUGUCUAAAGCUUCCGGAAUGCAGGACUUGGAUGAAUUGAUGAAGGAGGUUCAAGAGGCUAGACGAAUCAAAAUGCUGCAUCAGCCUAGUAGGGUCAUGGACAUGGAACAUGAGAUUAAUGCAUUAAGGACUCAACUUGCAGAGAAGGCAAAACGUUCCCUACAGCUCCAGAAAGAGCUAGCAAUUAGCAAGAAGGGUGAUAAAAACACACCCAAUUUGUACGAAAUAGACGGCAUAGAGACAUUGGGUUCAUGUCUGCAGAUAUAUCCGUGUUUGGAUUCUUCUCCUGACCUUUCUGAAUGUACUAUUCAAUGGUAUCGUGUGACGUCUGAAGGGGACAAAAAGGAGCUUAUAUCAGGGGCCAACAAAACUGUGUAUGCUCCGGAGCCGUUUGAUGUUGGUCGAAUACUGAGAGCUGAUAUUUUGACUGAUGACCGUCGCUUGAUAACCGUGUCCACCUCUGCUCUUAUUGAUCCAGCUGCUGGAUUGGGUAACUAUGUAGAGGCACUGGUGCGCAGGCACGACACUGAAUUCACCGUUGUCCUAAUCCAGAUGAACGAUGUAGAUCAACCGUCCGGGUCUAUCCAUGUUCUGCACAUAGGGAAGAUGAGAAUAAAACUUCGAAAGGGGAAAACAACAAUAGCCAAGGAGUACUAUUCCAACUCAAUGCAGUUGUGUGGGAUUAGAGGUGGUGGAAAUGCAGCAGCUCAGUCAGUAUAUUGGCAAGCAAAGAAUGGAUUGUCUUUUAUUUUGGCGUUCGAAUCCGAGCGUGAAAGAAACGCUGCUAUAAUGCUAGCAAGAAGAUUCGCGUUCGACUGCAAUAUUAUGCUUGCCGGGCCUGAUGACAGAUCUGCAUGA